AAAAACACUUAAAUGUCCCAAAACCCCAACUUGCACUACUCUUGAAUGCUUCCAUUCGCAAAUUGUGCCUCUACUCUGAUAGAUUUGGAACCGUUUUCUCCGAUGGCAUCUUCUUCCCCCCACUUCAUCUGAAUCCUCUGCGCCAUCAACGACUUUCUUAAGCUGCUUCUUCACCAUGAAUAUUGAUUAUUUCAAGAAGGACAUUGAUGAACUUAUUGGUCAAUUCGCUCAGGAUGAGUCAACAACUCUGGCUGAUAUGAAGAGAGUAUGGCUUUCUAAGAAGUUUUCCUAUAUUUAUGAAGCUUUUCCUUCUACCAACCUGGCCUUCUUUAUGCAAUCUCUGUAUGCUCAUAGUAUAGGUUACAUGGUUGGUGCCGGUUCUUUAUCAGUCCGACUGGGCGGCCUUUAUUGCCUCUACUGUCUUUAUGAGACUCAACCUUUUAAACCUCCUUUUAAGAUCUAUCUAUCCCUUGGAGAGUUAAAGAAAGUCAGGAUCCUUGUUGCUGAUGCAAAAGCAAAUGCCAUUAACGUGGCACCUGCUGUAGUAAACAGAAUGCUGGAAAGAAACAUGUUCCUUUUUGGCGCUGUUGAUUUAGCGGAAGGUGCUGUUACAGAGACAGUACAGCAACUCCAACAAUUGCAGAAUGCCAGUAUUCGAGUUGCAUAUGAAACGUUAUUUAAAAACACUCCAAUCAAUGACUACAUCCACAUGGACCUUGGCAUGGAAGUAGACCUCAAUAAUCUGAAGAAAAUAUCAUCUGAAUAUGCUGAGGCCAAGCAUCUAGCUGCAAAAGAAGCAAGCAGUAUUUUAGACGCCGAAAAUAUAAAGCGCAUAGCAGGAAAUAAGGAAUUGAUGCUAGGAGAUGUCUUUGAGGAGAUUGCUAAUGAUUGGGUUAUCCAGAAACAAGCAUUUUAUAAACAAACAGGAUUAGGGGAGGAGGUAGCAUAUGAACAAGAGCUGGAGCAGUUACUUCUAGAGGACCGUCAUGAUGGUGAAGAGUCUAAUGAAGAUUGAAAACAAACAUCUGAGUCGUGGUUUCUUAUGUAUAGGGAAUUCAUAAUACUAAUACCCUGUUUGAAUAGUAGGGAAUUUCAAAGAAGCUGUGUACUUUUUUUUUGGGGGUGGAUUUUAAAUCCUUUAUGUAACAUGUCUUGUUUGAAUUCGUAAUGGAAUAGAAUCAAAUUAAUUGUUA